AUGAGUUCACCUUCUCCUCAACAAUCACAAUCUUCACCUACGACAAGUACUAUUACGCCUCAAAUAUUACCUACGCCUUCCUCAUCUCUUUCUAUUCACCAAUUAAGAAAGGACUUGGAACAACAACUAUUGGAAAAGCAGAAUCAAUUGCAGGAAUUGGACAGCGGAAUUGGAAAAAAUGUAUUAACAAGAGAGAUUAUUGAUCUUGAAGAAAGACUGGAAGAAUUUUCAUCAAAAGAUAGGUUAAUAUCCCUUGAAAAAAAUUUAUCAUCUCUUAGGCCUUUUAUUCGUAAUAAAGAAAAGAUAUUACGUGCAGCAAAUAAUGAUCCAUUACCGAGUCCAACCGCAUCUACCUUACAUGAAUCACAUCUCUUACCUUUACCUCCCCCUCCUUCAGGCUCAACCCCUACAAAACGCCGUUCCAAGGUACCGAAUACAGACCGUCGAAAUACCGAUAUUGAAUUUGCUACCGAGAUUGGUCAAGGUUUAUUGUCUGAAGUGAGAAAGAUGCAAGCUUUAUUACAAGAAAAGGAAGAAAAGCUUAGAAUUUUAGAAACCCAAAAAGCUGAUCUUGAAAAAGCAGCUGAAGCGAUGUUAAAGCAAAUGCAUCAAAUAGAGGAAAAUGAAGAGAAAUUAAAGGAAGCCAAUUGGAAUCUCGAAUGUAAAAAUGAAGAAUUAACGACAAGUAUUCAUGUUUUGCAAACCAAUUUGACAAAAGCAAAUACGGAACAAAAUAAACUAGCAAAACAAGUGGACAAAUUAAGAGCUGAAAUUGAACAGUUACAUGAUCGUGAAGAAAAAUUGAUGGCAACCAUGGAUCAAAUGAAGUUACGUCAUGAACAGGAUAUGUCAUCUAUACGACGACAGACUGCCCUUAUUCAACGCGAAAAGGCAGAUCAAUCCAAACAAAUCGAAAUGCUUAAUUCAGAACUCGCGAUUGCAAAGUCAAAAUCUCGUAUUAUGGCUAAACCGGCUAUCGUGGAUAAUACAAUGUUGACCCAUCAGGCUACUGACAUCAAUGAACAUGAUGCCUCUGGGGAUUUGACAACGGCUUCAAAUUUGAAACAGACCUCGUUACCUCCGCAACCACCACCUGGUCAAACUGUUCCACUUGAAACAUAUAACAUGAUGUUGGCUCGUGCUCAUCGUAUUAUCAUGAAUCAUCGUGUAGAGAUUAAAGAAGAUAAGGCGGAAAAAAAGGAAAUGAGAAAGUUAUUGAGACAGUUACAGGAAAAAGUGGAACGCUUUCAGAAUGACCCCCGGCUUUGGGAGGAUACUGUGGAUGGAAGAUCUUCUUCACGUUCUGCAAAUAAACCAUCAUCACGUCGUCUACAUAAAGUCUCUAGCUCUACUAAACCACGUAUGAAAAAGAAACGAAGAGGCCAUUCAAUGAAGUGUUCAAAUAAAAAGGAGAAUACUGUCGAUGAUGAGGAUGAUGAUGGUGAUAAUGAUUCUCUCUUUUCUUAUUCAACAAUAGGCUCUCUAAGUGAUAGUUCUGAAGAGAGUGAGGAUGAUACGGGAGCUCGUGUGAAAUCACAUGAUACUACUCAACUAAAGUCAUCGAAUGAAAUCUCUCAAAAAUCAGUGGGUGUAGAUGCUGAAACAAAUACAGACCCAUUAGAUGAGCUAGAACCCCUUCUUUCAACUAACAUGACGAUUCCAAUGCCUCGUUCUCUUGGUGAUGAACUAAGUAUGGCCUUGUCUCAAUCAUCUCCUCUUCUUGAAGAGGAGCAUCAUACACCGGUUAGAGAUGUAACAACACCAUUUAAUCUAAACAUGAACGACACAACUGGAAUUGAAGUAUCCACUCAAACUGUGCUUGAACCUGGUAUUGAAAUCGCUUUACAAACCGAGGCUCUUCUUACUACUGGUCAUGAUGCCCUUAUACAAACCGAGGCUCUUCUUACUACUGGUCAUGAUGUCCUUAUACAAACCAAUAUAUCUACCCCAAGUCCUGUUGAAGUCUCAGUACAAACAGAAAACAGUCAAUCCACUUUGGAGAUCGCUACUCAAACAGAUCCCAGUGUUUUAGUUGAACAAGAGGAAUUAAUUGUAGUAAAUUAUGAGCCAAUGACUACUUCACUUGAGGUCACAUCACAAGAUGUAUUUUCCAUAGAACCCGAGGAUCCUAGUGUUGCUCAGGCUGCUCUAGCCUCUGCGGUUGCAGAAGCACGUUUAGCAAGUCUUGAGGCUGCUAUAGAUUGUAGUGUUCAAUGUGAAGUUGAUCUGGAUACUCUCAUGUCUGCUGCUAUCGCUGAGGCACGUUUAGAUCGUCUUAAAGUUGCGAUUGAUCAUGAAACUCAAUAUGAAUUGGAUAUGACUCCUUCAUCUUUCGAGGACUCCUCCUCUGAAUCUGCUGUUGAUUGUGGAGUUCAAUGUGAAGAAACUUUUAUGAAUCAUGAUACUAUACAUCUAUCCUCUUCAGGACUUGCUAUUGAUUCUGAUACUCAAUACGAACCAAUCUCUACAAUUGAUCUUGGAACUCAGUAUGAUAUCGUUGAAAGAAAAGAUUCUGAAGUUCAAUGUGUCUCUCCUGAAUCAAACGAUAUUGGUGUUCAAUGUGACGAUGAAUUAGUUGCAGUACCCGAUUUAUCAACAGAUAUAGUGAGGAAAGAGUCCAACAUUAAACAAUUAACAGAUUCAAUCUCUGAUCCUAUUCAAAUCAAACCAGUGGUUACAUACGAUCAUGAAACACAAUAUGAUAGAUCGAUAGGCAUAGAUAAUGGUACUCAAUCUGAAUUCACUGAAUUAGGGGUACAGGCGGGUGUAAAUACCCAUGUUGAGACCAAGGAUGCUCAAGUCCAAUAUGAACAAUCUAUCCCUCAUGGAGCUAUUGAUAUUUCUGUAUCAAGUGAUGAAGAUGAGUUUUAUGAUGCUACAUCGGACAUAAAGCGUUCUAGUAAAAAUACAAUGAGACAUAUUUCUUCCAUCGGUGCUGUUUCUUUAGGUAUAGCAGAUGAAAAGAAAAGAGAUUCCUCUGUAGGUGGUGAUGACUCUAGUACGCUUCCUCCUACAUCUCGUCAGACUGAAAGUGAUUAUUCUUUAUAUUCUGCCAAGAGUACAUUCUCGAUGCCUAAUGAAGCACCUGUGUCUAUCAAACGUGAUAGUGCUAUCAUGUCUGACACCACUGCAGAAGCCUCUAUGGCUGUUUUCGAAAAGCAACCUUCUUUACUGAAAACGGAGACGGUAGUGAAUCGCGAUAUGACUUCUAGUCCAGUUAGUCUUGAAAGCGACCCUUCUGUCGAUGUUCCAUUAUCAGAAAAUGAUGAAAUAAGAAAUCCUGUCUUUAAUCGUAUUAAACCAACUCAAACAAGAUAUUAUACUACUACAGAUGAGUUUGAUUUUGAUGAUAGUUUAAAGAAUGAAUCCAUUCCACAAGAGGAGGCUUCAGAUGAAAAAUUGUAUACUAAGCAAGAACUCGAUCAACUUAUUGCCUCUGCUGUUACUCUUGCCCUUGCUAAUGCAGCCUCAAAUAACACAAGUCCUCAAGCAGAAACUGCUAAUGACAUAAUUCAAGCUCCUCAUAGUACUGCUACUACUACUACUACUACAGCAGCAGCAAUAACAGCACCCGAGCAUGUUAAUAAAGAAGAAGAAGAGGAAAAAGAAGAAGAAGAAUUUGGUAGUGUUAUUGUUCAUGUACCAAGUGAACAUAUUUCUGUACAUUAUGAUGAAGAACACCAUAAGUCUAAACAGUUCAUAGACCUUCUUCAAGAUUCAAGCACACAGCAGGACAAUGAUACGGCAUCUGAUCAAGGAAGCAUAGAAGAAAAACAAUCCUUAAAAGAAUUAUCUAUGGGACCCUCUACUGUAUUUGAGCAAGAGCCAGCUGAGAACACCACAUCCUCUUUAGUUAUUCAUGAAGAUACUGAUAUCCCCACACGUCCUUCUAAUCCUCCACCUACUGAAUUAUUAAAUAGGGCGAUUAAUUCGACUUAUAGUGUACUUAGUCUUAAUAGUAGUGUAGAUCAUCCACAUGAAGAGUUUAGUCACUCUGACAUGAAUAGUUCUAAAAAGGCAGAACGAUCGCUUAGUUUAUCUAGUGUAUCAAGUGAUAAUACACAUCUUCGUUCAGCUACUUCAGUACAAUACCCCAAUAGCAGUCAAGUAGAUCCUGCGAUUAGCUUAGUAACACAUACCAUGAUUGGUGACUGGUUAUGGAAAUAUACAAGAAGAGCAGUAGGAGGAGGCUUCUCUGAAUUUAGACAUCAACGUUACUUCUGGAUUCAUCCUUAUACUCGUACAUUGUAUUGGUCAGCAACUACACCAGGUAUUCAUGGAAAUGAAUCCAAUGUUAAGAAUGCUUUAAUUGAAAAUAUUUCAAUUAUACAUGAUACUUCUAAUGCAAAUGGUUUACCUGAUGUUAGUCUUUUAAUUCAAACUAGUCGUCGUAAUUUGAAAAUCACAGCUCCUACUAUAGAAAAGCAUCAAAUUUGGUUUGAAUCUAUAUCCUAUCUUUUAACACGUAAUGGACAUAGCUCAAGUAUAGGGUUAUCGAAUCCAAAUGAUAAAUCAAGAUCCAUUUCUAGUAGCGUCUCUUUAUUAAAUCGACCUAAUUUCCGUCGUCUACAUGAUAUCUUUCAACCACCUACUGUUUCUCUCUCUACACCUUCCAUGCUUACUUCAAUAACAGGCAAUGAUGAUGAUGAGGCUUUAGAAGAUGUUCGUAUGUGUUGUAAUGGAAAACAUCAUGUUUCUAAACUUGAAAAAGAUCAUACUCAUCGACAUCGUUAUCGAAGAAUUCAUGGGACCAUUUCUACAAUUGGAUAA